UAAAACGCGAUUCGGAGAAGAUGCUUGCUCGCACUUGCUUAGUUACGAUUCGUACAUUUUUGACUUCAUCGCCUCCUCGCAGAAUCACGAAUGUUUCAUGUGCAGAUGUAUCUUUAGUCAGCUGCUGGCGAUCCAAUUAAACACAAAUUAAAUUUCCGUGUUCAGUCGGCCACAAACGUUGAAUAAGCGAAAUGUAAACAUUUAGUUCAUGGGACUAGUUUACACGUGCAAAAUGAAUUCUCCAUGUUAUUACAUGUUCCACGAAAUCUAAUUAAAUUACAAUUCGUCCAAUCCAAAAUCUAUAGCGAGUCUUACUAUGUAUAUAAUCCAGCCAACCUCCAACCAACUAAGCUUACUAUUUCUCUGAAGCCUGCGUAUCCUACGUACAAAUUCAGAAAAUCGUAAUUUUCAUUUUCCAUCUUUUACUCCAGUAUCAUCUUAUUCCAGAGUUUCCAAUGUUUCCGUGAGCAAGAUGAAAGACAGACAAAGAAAAAGAGAGAGUGAGAUAUCUGGGACGACCCGGUAUUCUAUAAUGACUCGAUUGAAACUGUGUUAAACGAAAGAAGGGGGUGGAAAAAAAGUAGAAAAGUUAAAAUCAUUUUAAACGAAAUAAGAGGGUGUAAAAAAAGUGGAAAUAAACUACACGCGGGCACACAUGCGUGUUUUUCUUGUUUAAAGGGCCAAAUUAUACGCGAUGCAUUGAAUGCAUCGACCGUACAACGCGCGCUGGUACACAAGUUUUACGGUUCUCCGCGUUCUCGCCGGUGCAUUUCCGCGCACUCCGGAAUUACCAGCUGGAUUUCCAUCAGCCAUAAAACCUUGAAGGGUGCAUUCCUCUGUUCGCCGCAGAUGCUAAAGCUUUAGCCGGCGUUUGGCAGGAUAACAAAGAAUUAAGCGCUGCUCGGGGCCUGAAUUAACAGGUGCAGUUUGAUUAUAAGAAGGAGAAGCUUCUAGGAGGAAAUUAUCGAAGAUCGAGAAAAGUGAAACGACAUAAAGAUGUUGGCACUAUUUUACAAUCGCUGAUCCUCCAUUUUUUCCAGAUCAGUUCGAUUUUAAAAUCGAGAAGAAACUUACACAAGGAAAUUAUCCAAAGAUAGAUAGAGGAAAGUAAAACAAAACGAUUAUCAACGUGGAAAACGACGGUGGAGGUCGGAAGACACGUAAAAACAAUUCCGGCGAUUAAAUCCGAGUAGUCAGUUUCGGUCGCUCUUCCUCUCGUGGAGUCCAACAACGCUCGUUUGGAAUUGUAAAACGGCGGACGAUGCAAUCCUCCGAACGAAUCCUUUAAACCUUGGCACAUUAAUUCGAUCGACCGUGUAGCCAUACCACUGAUGACUAAUUAAAGUUCAAAUGGAGAAUUCAGAGAUUAAAACACAAUCAUACUUAGUUGGCUGGAAACACAAACUGACUGGAACUAUUUAUCGGAACACGUGCACGCAAACUGGUAAACAUGACGGCAAAAAUGACAAAAGAACGCAGACAAAUUUUACCGUGGAUAAAUUUACGAAUGUGGAAUGCGACGUUGAAGUGCAGACGAAUUUCUUUCCUAACGUCCGCGACAGAUUUAUACAAAGUUUUAGAAAUUCCAAGGAACCGAGAUUCAAGGAUUACUCGAACGAGAAGAUUCUAGAGAGCAUCGUAAAGAUACAGAGGUUUUACAGAGCUCACCGCGGCCGGCAAACCACGAUCUCGUCGAGCGGCGUUUCAGCCUGCGCUAAGAACACGAACCGGCGGCAAAUACAGCCAGUACCGAGAUUCUAUCGCAGCCGGGAUUUCGUGAUACUAAACCGCACGUCGCCGAGUACCAGGGCGGACUUCGAGUUGCUGUACAAUCUGCUGGAUCGUUGGCGUAUCUACGAGACGAAGAGUGCGAGUGAACAGCUGUUCCUGUCGUCCAGGAUCGCAUUGUGCAGUUUAAUCCUAUCAAAGGAGGUAGAGCUAUUACGAGCUAUUGAUUCGAGGAAAACCGCUAUCAAAUUAAAAAAGAGAGAGCAAUCGUACAGAAAAUUCUUGGAUGAGUUGUGCAAGCCUGUCGUAUGGAAAACCAGUCAUGGAGAAUCGAUUCCUGUAAUUACACCGUUUGUACAGCACGCCAGAUGCUUUAGAGACACGUUCGAAGAGUUGUCGAAGGAAAAUAUGACUGUUAAGGAAAGAAUUGAGAUGUUGUCUAAAUUGAGAAAGGAUAUAGAGCCUCAUACGUGUAAGGAAUCUGAUGAACUGGUACGUCUGUUGAAUCAAGAGAUUGAUCUGUUGACCCGUAACGUGGAGGAAAGUAAGUUGAAUUGGUUAAGAAGUGGCCUGAAGAUGGCUUUUUUGAGAUUGGCAAGGGAGUCCUUGAGAAACGAGCGAGAGGAUUCGAGGCUGAUCAGUUGGUUCCGGACCAGUUGUAAAACUAUCUGCAGGAGCUGCGGCAGACUAUUGCCUCUCGAGAAGUUCCCACGCGAGAAACGGUCCCGUUCCUCUUCGUGCAAUUACUGUCUCUACGUGAGAGUUCGCACUGGGCCUCGGCUCGUAUACGAGCCCUAUCAAAGACUUCUUCGUGAUGUAAGACGUCGCGAAGCUAGAAUCUAUUGUUACACUAGUCUGGCUUUUGUUAUUGAUGCAAAAGCCGUUUACCAUUUGGUGAACGAUAUUUGGCACGGAAAAUCGGCCAUUUCCGAAAACGAUAAUUUAGAAGAGUUGAGGUUGGUGAGAUUUCGAAAUGACGAAGAGUGGUCACCAUGGAAUUGUCUUUUAUUAACCAUGACGGAAGCCUCGUUGCAUCAAAAGGUAGUUGACCUCGAUAAGUUUUACGGACCGAUGAUACUACAAAAGUUCUGCACGAAGAAUCUUCAGGCCAAACUUCGGUUCGAGUUCGUGGCCAAAUUCAAGAGCCUUCGUGGGAAUAAACAAUGAUAUUAAACGCUCAUUUAUUAUUGUUCUUCGUGGGAAGUUAAUUAACGAGUUGCGGAUACUUUCUUCAGCGUACAGUAAAAGGAUAGAGUAAAGAAAGCGAAGUUUGAUAUCACGUUGGGAGUGUUGAGCGAAUAGUUAGAUGCUGAGAAUAUUUAAUUCGUAUACAUGGAAUAUCUGGUAUAAAAUAAAAGUAUUUUCAUGAU